AUGGAUUCUCCGCCGGUCUUUGACAGAGCAGCAAUCUUCAAACUCUCUCCAGAGAUCAUGGAAAUGAUCCUGAGCCUUUUGUCGGUGCCUGACCUAGCCAGAAUGGCGUUGGUCUGCCGUGCCAUCAGCGCCAUCGCAGUUCCGAAGCUCUAUCAUACCAUUUUGUUGGUUGAUGGUGGCGACAGCUCACCUCUCCAGCGACUCCAAUGCACACUAUUCUGGAACCCGGGACUACUAGAGCAUACAAGAAGUCUCUCGCUGCGCGAUUUCAAUAUGCAACUGUUGACAGUUGAAAACAGGGUCACCCUUGACGCUCUUGUAAAUGCUUCACCCAACGUGCGUUCUUUCAGCCUGGUGGAAAUUCGUGACCGCGGACAUCGUCUAGAUCUCUGCCCGACGACCUUCAAAGUCCUUCGGGACUCAGUACGGCGUAUGCGUAGGGUGGAGAACCUCCAUCUUCGUACCGGCUCUUUUACUUUGCGCGAACUGAUGGAAGCUUUGAAUGAUGCGCCAUCCUUGACAAGUCUGUCGAUCUAUGGGUAUAGCAAGGUGGAGCAAGGUGCGGAUGAGAAUGACAUGUUCUACCGUUCCUCAAAUAUAACUACCCUGAAUCUGAAAGUUUCUUUCGAGACAUCCAACGAGCUGGAAAAAUUGAUCGAAUGGCCCAGGCGGUUGGUUCACUUCCGCGACGAAACGUUCGGCAAGCACUGUGCGAGUUCCCAGAAGGUGAUAAUAAAGUUUCUGGGUAUCCACAAGAAGACUUUAGAGUCACUGGAUAUCGGAUUUGUUUUGAAUAAGCGAUGCACACUACGACCGCUUCUUGGUGGAUUCGGGAGCCUGGAGCGCCUCACCCUUCCUGUGCGUCAACUAUGCAUCGGAGGCGGCCAUCCCACCUCCAGGAAGCUGAAAGCCAUCCUGGCCCGGAAUCUGAGAACAAUCACCCUCGACUUCUCGCUCGCCGGUCUACGUACCGGAUACUCUCUGCAUUUCCAAGAUGUACACGAAUCGCUUAUAAGGGCUAUAGUUGUGGCAGCAGUCGAGAAGAAGGCAUCGCUAAUGGCCAUCGACAUCUACUUUGCACCUAUACCUAAAAAAGGUUCCGGCUUGAAGAUUGCACGGCGCUUGGGAGUUAGAGGGACCAAGUACCCGUGGGAUACCUUGGACCGGAUUAAAGACGAUAUUCGCACGCACGGGAUCCAGUUGACAUACAAUCCUCCUAAUGUCUCAAAGAGGCAGUGGAAACAACAAGCAAAGAAUGAAAAGAAGGAUUAG